AUGGGGUGUACGCUUCGUGCGCGACUGAAUCAAAUAUGCUCCAUUUGGUACACUACACUAGUAUUGUGUAUUCAAAGCUACCUCCUUUACCUGGGAUUUGAGAGAUAUAAAUUGUACACGGAGAUGAAAUGGCCAACUGGUGGCUAUCCGCAUGUGUGGCUGACCAUUUACAUUACACUCUAUGCGGCCUGUGUUCCAUUGUCUGUGCUAUUCUUCUCGUUUGGUUUUUUCAAAUCCGGCAAUAUCGCCGGAGAUAAUGAGCGUCUCGCCGAGAGAGAAGAUCGUGUCAUUGAGGUCUCACGUAAUCGCAAGGGAGAAAAAUCAGGUGCAUUUAUGAGUUGCCUCCACGGUAUGAAGUCGUGCUGGCAGCACAGUCCACCGAUGCCACAACAAAUUCACGUCAUCACCGCUCUAUGUCAACUGGUUGCACAACAAUUUAUGAUCUCACAGCUCUAUCGCUAUGGAUUUGUCAAUUCCGGUCGGCCAUAA